ACUCGCCUUGCGUGCAGAUCGCGGGCCCCCAGGGGAUGGGGGCUGCCCUCGGGGCUUAAGCCCGCCCGCCGCCCCGCCCCGCCCCGGCCGCCGGCUCCCGACCCGCGCGUCCGCCCGCCCGCCUGCCUCUCUGGGACCAUGGGGCAUUAGCCGAGGAGGAAGCAUGCUGGCCGUCCGCUGCGCGCUGCUGACCGCCCUGCUUGCGACGCCCGGGACGGCGCUGGCCCCGGGGGGCUGCCCCGCUCUGGAGGUGGCAAGCGAUGUGCUGACCAGCCUGCCAGGGGCCAGCGUUACCCUGACCUGCCCAGGUGGGGAAGCGGGGGACAACGCCACCGUUCACUGGGUGCUCAGGAAUCAGGUCACAGGUUCACGCCAAGGCAGAUGGGCUGGAGUGGGAAGGAGGCUGCUUCUGAGGUCUGUGCUGCUCAGCGACUCUGGAAACUAUUCGUGCUACGAGGAUGGCCGCCCAGCUGGAAGUGUGCGUUUGCUGGUGGAUGUUCCCCCCGAGGAACCCCAGCUAUCCUGCUUCCGGAGGAGCCCCCUCAGCAAAGUGGGGUGUGAGUGGAGUCCUCGGAGUCCCCCGUCCCCGACCACCAAGGCUGUGUUAUUGGUGAGGAAGUUUCCAGUGAAAGACUUCCAGGAGCCUUGCCAGUACUCCCCGGAGUUGCAGCAGUUCUCCUGCCAGUUGGCAGUCCCAGAGGGAGACAACUCUUUGUACGUCGUGUCCCUGUGUGUCUCCAACAGUGCCGGGAGCCAAUCCAGCAGACCCCAAACAUUUGAGGGUUAUGGAAUCCUGCAGCCUGACCCACCCGUCAAUGUCACGGUCACCGCCGUGGACAGAAACCCCCGUUGGCUCAGCGUCACCUGGCAAGACCCCCCUUCCUGGAACUCAUAUUUCUACAGGUUACAGUUUGAGCUCCGAUACCGGGCUGAACGAUCAAAGACAUUCACAAUGUGGAUGGUCAAGGAGCUCCAGUAUCACUGCAUCAUCCACGACGCCUGGAGUGGCAUGAAGCAUGUGGUGCAGCUUCGGGCCCAGGAGGAGUUUGGGCAUGGCUUAUGGAGUGAGUGGAGCCAGGAGGUCACGGGCGUCCCUUGGACAGAAUCCAAGAGUUCUCCAGCUGAGACUGAGCUGCCCCGCUCCACGCAGGCACCUACUACUAAUGAAGAUAAUGAAAAUAUUUUCUCCAAAGAUUCUGCAAAUGCAACAAACCUCCCAGUGCAAAAUUCUACUUCGGUACCACUGCCCACCUUCCUGGUGGCUGGAGGAAGCCUGGCCUUUGGGACGCUCCUCUGUAUUGGCAUCGUCCUGAGGUUCAAGAAGACGGGGAAGCUGCAGGCUCUGAAAGAAGGCAAGACAAGCGUGCACCCACCGUAUUCUUUGGGACAGCUGGUCCCUGAGAGGCCCAAGCCCACCCCAGUGCUCGUGCCCCUCAUCUCCCCGCCGGUGUCCCCCAGCAGCCUUGGGUCUGACAACACCUCGAGGACUAGCCGACCAGAUGCCAGUGGCCCUCAGAGCCCUUAUGACGUCAGCAACAGAGACUACUUCUUCCCCAGAUAGCUGGCUGGCCGGGCGGCACCUGGCAGCCUGGGGUGUCAGGCCCCCUGGACUGUGUGGAUGCUGAAGCACAAACUGACUUAGCAAAAGACGCUCCGCACUGCCAUGCCAGCUCAUCUUGGGUGCUCGGGGCCUCUGGCUUCACCUCUACAGAAGGGCCUCGCAGAAAGUUCUGUGCUGGGUGAAAAAAAGUUUUGCUGCGUCUGUUCAGAAGGAAGAGAUGGUUGAGUUUUUGAACCACUCUUCCUCCAAUGCCCUGCUUACAGGGCUUAGAGUGAACUCAGGCCCCCGUGAAGAGAGGGCUGUCAAGACUCUACCGGACACUCAGGUGGGCAGAGCUGGGUGGCUGCACAGGCCUCAGACUCCCCUCUGGGCUUGGUGUGGACAAGUUGCUGGCCUCCCGCGCACCCCGACCCACCUCCAGGAGCUGCACCCUCAGGCGGGUGGGAUGAAUGUCCAGCCAAAGACUCCCCGAGUCACUUAUCUCUUGGCCCACCACACAGUUUCAUCUUCUAGCUUCUUGAAGCCCAAGUGCCUUCGCAAUUCAGUUUUUCUAGGCCUGAGAUUGGCUUUUCUUAAACCACUGUGGCUGGGGGAAAGUCUUACCUGCUUUUCUUCACUGAACAGCUGAGAGGGGGGUGAUAGUAUCUCAGGGCCUGAUGGUUUGAAAUGGAAUUAUAAUUAGUUCCUCAUUAGCAUUUUUAUAAAUGUGAAUGAUAGUCCUGGGCACUUGCUGAAUCCAGAAGCAACUGCACUGGCUCGAUUUCCCUUUUUGGAUCCCAGGACUUCAGGAAAGAAGCCGCGGGGAAGGAGGGGAGUGGUGGGGACAGGGUCUCCAUGCUUGUCUGUCAUAGCAUUGCUGAGGGGGACAGUGGCCUCUGCAAACCACCAUUCUCCAUUCUCCCCCUCCCCUGGCCCUCCAAAAUGAGAACUUGCAUUAGGGAGAGCUUCUGCCAGUGGUGAAAUCAAAGCUGCCUUAUUCCAGCUUUGUUUAUUUUGGUUUCAGCUGAGCCUGAGUAACCAGGGAAGGUAAUAUUUAUGCGAAAAGACAAAAGAACCCGGCAAGAAUGGAUUUUAAUUUGGUUUUUAAAAGCUGCUGACUAUUUUAUCUUCAGAGGGUGGAAGAUCCAGUAUUAGCUGAGGGUCAGUAUAGAAAUAAUGGGGGAAAAACACAAUAGCUUUGUUUAGCACAAAACUGAGUCAAGUGAAAAAGGAGGAGAAAAGCAGAUUUUGCCCUAUUAGAGAAGAGACUCUGGUUUCAUUCUAAAUUUUGUUUUUGCCUUAAAAAGUGAAAAAAAAAAAAAAGUCUGCCUCUUCUCUAAUUUAGCGGAAAAGCAGCUUGUUACUACUCCCCCAGGCGGCUGAGAAGGAAAUGGUGUCCAGCUCCGUGUCACAGUGCUGGGAAGCAAGCCUCCCACGAUUACCCAGCAGAUCAGCUGAAAAUCCCCACCCCUGAAAGCCACGAGCCCUUGGGUAUCAGAGGAGGUUCAUUAAAACAAACAAACAAACCCUAAACUUGGUGCCUUCCUCUCUUUAGUUAGUUCCUUGAAUGUGAUUCAGUUCAGCUAGUUUGAAGCACCGAGUAAAUGUCUAGCCGUGAGACUACACUAACCACUUCAGUUCACUUUUCUGUCUGGGCUUUGAAAAUUCAGUGAUGUUAGUGGUUACCCAAACAAGCACCCUCAAGUAUUCUGGGAUGUCCCAGAAUGAAGCUGUGAUUAAAAUCAGUCGUGUAACCACCACUAAAAAUUUACCAGACCACAAAACGUUUCUAGUAGUCUCCCCUUUUAGAAAAAUAACCACCAGCACCAGAUAGGUGGGGAAAGGAUGGAAAUGACCAUGUUUUAUUUACCGUUUGCCAGGUUCAAACUGUUAUGAUGUUGGACUACGCAGUGAUUUUCAUUGCUGGCUUUGGCUGUAAAUUUCAGACCCUGUUUCUGCUUUUGGCAGCUAAUCUUAACUUGACAAAAGUGAGGCAGGUGGUUUUGUUUUGUUUUGUUUUUCUCUAAAUUUUCCUUGACUGAGAACAGCAAAAAUGCUGUUAAAGGGAAAUAUAAAAAAUGAGAGUCUGCAUGAGAUAGGGUGAUUCUGUGCCCACGGUUCUUUAACUCUUGACAAAGUUUUACCCACGUGUAAUAUUACCAGAGCCAGGCAGAGCGGUGCUAGUGGAAGAUGUGAAAUCCAGAUAGCUCAUGAUUGCUGAGAGCUAGGCAGCUUUGAUCUCCAAAUUGUUAUUGCUUUCAUUAUUAUUGGAACGGAACUGCAUUUUUUUUAAUUGAAGAGGGGUUUUUUCCCUUUAUUUUUUUAUAAGCUAGUAUAGAUGAAGGAAAAAUAUUUGUCUUCUCUGGGUUGUAGGCCUUGCUCAGUGUACACAGGUAUACACCCUAAGCUUUCUCUGUCCUUCAAUCUGUGGUCAGUGAAUGUGUGUUUCAAUCCACAGGUCAUUCUUGCCUGUGUUUCUGCAGCACAUGUGCUGCCUUUUAUCCUCAACAGUGAUGCUACUCACCUAAUACCUGUAGCAAUCUGCUACACAGCCAGAUGUGAAAUGUUAGCACAGCGACAAUUUUUGUUAAAGACGGGCAACUUAUCCUGCUGGGUGGGAAAAGUUGAAAAUAUGCUAGAUCAAGGUCUCAGUUAAAGUGGUCAUUAAUUUUUGUAGCAUUAAUGAAAAAAAAAAAAGGUCGAGGAGGUAGCAUUGAAUGUGUCUACAAAGCCCUUGGUGACUCUGAGAGCUCUUUGCCCCGAUGGAGCCUUGCCCUUGCAGUUUGUUGGCCAGGCUCUUGGCUCACCCCGAGUGUCUGCCAUUUCCCAGCUGCCCCCAAGGGAAGGAAACACCAUUACAAGGGGUGGAAUCUGAUGCUGGAAUGGAUUGGGAGCCCACCUGGUGGUGAACAGAGCUGAGCAGGGCAGGCUGGGAGUGGUGGUCAUGGUUUGUGGGUUUCCUGCAGAAUGUUCAGGAAUGUCUUGCCUGGCUGCUUUAGUGCUGCGCUAUGUCGCUUCAUCAAAGGCACUUAAGAUUGACCCAGUUGGGGAGGAGUUGGUGAGAAAUUUAUCUUAAUUUGGAGAAGCAGGGGCAACUGGUGGUCCUUGGGAGCAUGAGCCUGGAUUCCAGCCUUCUAUGCAGCAGUUGGCAGUGGGGCUGUUGCUGAAAGGGAGCCCAGCUGGCUCAGCUUCUGUGCCAGACACUCCUGAGCAUCCCCGAAAGGUCCUUCCAGCAUCGUGUCCUUGGUGUAGCCUGGCCCCAGCGCCAGUGAGUUUCUAUGGCAACCUUAAUGAUUAUUAAGGAACAUUGUCAGUUGUAUGAACAUAUGCUCAAAUGCUGAUAUACUUCAGAAGGAAAGGAUUGGAACAGCAUGUAGCAAGGCUGUUAAUUAAUAGAGAAACCAUAUUUGGAUGGAGAUCACACAUCCGUUAAAUAGAAUACCUCAACUUUACAUUGUUUUUUUCUGGAGAGAAAUAAUAGUUUUAAGUUUUUGUUUUUAUUUUUUUACUUAAUUACCUGAAAGCAAAUACCAAAGGCUGAUGAUGUCUGUAUAUGGGGCAAAGGGUCAGUAUGAUGUUUUUCAAUGUUUUCUCUUUUUACCAGCUACUUUGCAUUUAAAGUGAAAAUUGUAAAUGUUUGAAAUAAAUAAGUUCCAAAAAUUA